GGAUCCUGUUAUCCGCCCUGCGCUCCUGCUUUAUGGCUUGCCGUCUUUUACGACAGCCAAGAUGGCGGCGCCCAAGGCACAAUGAGGCCGGCAGGCCCAUGAACAAGACACUGCCGGGGGGAGGCGGCGGCCGCGCGGGGCGGCAGUGACAGUCCUGCCGUCGCUGGGGGUCUGGACAGCGCGCGGCGCUGAGGGAGGUCGGGGCUAUGCGGUCCCUGCAGCUGCUGCGGGCGCUGCGCGGCGGCGGCCGGGCGCGGGUGGCCGUGGCCGUGGCGGGGCGACGGGGGCUGCUGUCGGCGCCGGGCUCAGCCGCGUCCUGGAGCAAAGUGGUGUCGGAGGCCGAGAAGCUGGUGGGCUACCCCACCUCCUUCCUCAGCCUGCGCUGCCUCCUCAGCGACGAGCUCAGCAACGUCGCACUGCAGGUCCGCAAGCUGGUGGGCACCAAGCACCCGCUGCUCAGCACCGCCCGGGAGUUUGUGUAUGAUAACCAGAAUAACCUACAGAUGCGAGGAUUGGUUGUACUGCUCAUUUCCAAAGCAGCUGGGCCCAGCAGCAAAGUGGAACUGUCUUCCCAGCCCGACAUGGUUAGCGGAAUUUAUUCAAGUCAAAGAAGUCUGGCAGAGAUUACAGAGCUGAUCCAUACUGCUUUUCUUGUGCAUCGUGGGAUAGUAAACAUUGGUGAGCUGAAGUCCUGUGAUGGACCAAUGAAGGACAUGCAGUUUGGAAAUAAAAUGGCUGUCCUGAGUGGAGACUUCCUUCUAGCAAAUGCUUGCACAAGCCUUGCUCAGUUGCAUAAUACCAAGGUUGUGGAGCUCAUAUCAAGUGCUAUUGGUGACUUGGUACAAGGAAUAUACUAUGAAAAUUCCACCUUAGAGGAGACCCGUCUUACAGAUGAUAUUGGAAUAUCAACUUGGACAGAACAGAUUUUCCUAUCCCAUAGUGCCUUGCUGGCAAAGAGCUGUAAGGCUGCAAUGGAAUUGGCAAAGCAUGAUGCAGAGAUCCAGAAGAUGGCAUUUCACUAUGGAAAGCACAUGUCUAUGAGUCAUAAGAUACACCUGGACCUUCAGCCAUUUAUUAAAGGAAAUUCUACUGACUCUGUGACCUUCAGUUUAAAUUCUGCUCCUGCAGUCCUGCAUCAGGAGUUCCUUGGAAGGGAGGCAUGGAUUAAGCAGAUUAGAGAGGCACAAGGUGCAGGGAGUAUAUUGGAUUACAUGAAGUUGCAAGAAGCAAUCAAGGCUGGCAAAGGUGUGACUUCAGCUAUUGACCUAUGUCGUUACCAUGGAAACAGAGCACUGGAGGCCCUGGAAUGCUUCCCUCCCUCUGAGGCCAGAUCGGCUUUAGAAAACAUUGUUUAUGCUGUGACCAGAUUUUCAUGACAUACAAUUCAAAAAAAAAACUAAAAAGAAAAAAAGUAUUGUUUAUUUUCAGGAAAUAACUGGACAUGCACUGGUUAGGGGUAAGGGAAAUAUAUCCUGUGCUGCUAAAGAUCUAAAUGUGUUGGUUGCUUAAUAUAUUUUUUUCAUUUACCACAUCGUUGAAUGAACAUGCAUCUUUUGGAACUGCUACAAACAAAAUUAGGGAAAAAAGGUCAAACAGUUUUCACUUGUCAUGCCAGAAGCUCACUUGAGGCUGUACCGGUAGAAAUAAUUAAUGAGACUUGCUUCUGUGACCUCAGCAAAUGGACAGGAAAUAAGUCCUUAUUGAUUGGACAUAGCCAGGGAUGGCGCCAGUGUGGUGGCCUGUGGUUUUCCUGCACUAGAGAGGACAGAGGGGGGCGUGAAGCUGCAGGUGUCAGGAGAAGCACUUUCUAAACCUGCCACUGAGAAAGAGCGAGCUGUUUAAGUCAAGAAUUAAUGUACCAAUUUAUCAACACAAAGGGCAGUUCAGUGAAUUAAUAGGGAAAAAUCCUUUUAUCUGUGUACAUGCAGUUAUGUCUCCUCACACUGUUUUUAUGUAUUUAAAUGUAAAAUUACUCUGUGCCUAAUGCUUUCAAUAUUUGAGAAACUUGCUGAGAAAGUGUGUCAAGCAUGGUAAGUAGGAGCUUUAAAAUAUUUAAUCAAAUAUUAAUUUGGCUCUGUUAAGAGAAGCGGUUGCCUGUGUUUUAUACUGUGUGUAUAAAAUAUUUUGCUCUUGCUCAGAGUGACAUUUUUUCAACUCUUACAGGAAAAUAAUCUUUUCCUCAGAUCAAGCAAUUUGUUUCAAGACAAUCCUACACUAAAUAAUUUCCUAGAUUUAUGUGACACUUUUUUAUUUAAGUCAAAUAAGUGUUCAUUUGUACUGUUCAGCAUCAAUCUUUUGGCAGAAAGGAAUGAGGAAUAUUUGCCUGAGUACAGUUUUUCACUUUUCUGAAUAAAUGCGUAAUACAUAAAGUUUUUUAACCUUAGCGUGUCAAAUUUUAAAGUCCAAUUACGGAAAGAGUAUAAGGUAUAUCAGAAGCCUGCAAUUUGACUCUGUCUCUAUUUUGUUCAUAGGAGAUGAUUUUUGUGGUUUGCAUGCAUGCAAUUUGAGAACAUCGUUGACAAGAAGGCUGAGUUUACAUAAAUGAUCUAGAUUGAGACUCAGCUACCUUUCUUCCUUCUGUGGUGUAAUUACAGCCCAAUCUGGAGACAGCUAGCACAGCAAACAGAUUUCAUUACAUUGCUCACUCAAACACUAAGUGGAGUUAUUUCUGUUAAAUUCUUCCAAAAAAAAGAGUGUCACAGAGCCUCUUUAUCAUGGACCAGCAUGUUGCAUUUAACUAAAUGGAAAACAAGGAGCUUAUACAUAUAUGAAAGCAUUGUCUAUAUGUAAUAUAUACAUAUACUUAAAAUACCAGUGUGCUUGCUCAGGUUUCUACAAGUGCAAGUUCAAUGCCUUUGAGAGCAAACUGAUUUCUUAAAUAAUUUUAUUUUGUUCUUAGACUCACUUGCUACUUCACCAAAGUUCAGUUAAUUAUUAGCUCUUCAGGUGUGUAUUAGAUAAGACUUUUGUUUUAAAAAUCACAUUUGCAAAUGUCAUUUUAGUUUUUUCCUUGCACUAGACCUAUCCCCCGUCACGGCGGGGUCCUCGCGGAGGGUCGUGAUCUCCUUAAGGUCCCUCGCUCUGUGUCAGGCCGGCCCAAGGCACCCUCUAAUUCUCGCCCGCCAUGUCUUGUUGGUAAAUAUAAGGUUGGGAGGCUGCCUAUGACUCCCUGGGCAUAGCUACUCGGGACUUCUAUCCCCGCGGUUCUCCCGGAACCCCUGGGGGUCUCCCGAUAUGGUGGGUGUUCCCCGAACACCCUCACCUUGUGGGCUAUGCGUGGCUCCUACCAGCCCCUAAUACCACGCCCCAAGCCUCGCAGAUGUAAUAGACGUUGGUAUGUCUGCACGCCCGCUUCCCGGGCCGCCUCUAUAGUCUAACCCACUCUGGGCUCUCUCUAGUGCCCAGCCUCUCACUGGGACUCUCAUCUAGCCCACUCUGGGCCUCCCCUGAUGGUGUGGUCCCGCUCAGGGACUCUCUAGCGGGCCUCGGUCCUUCCCUGGCCAACUGCACGGAUACCCUCUGAUACAGGCUCACCACGCUGCUACUCCUUGUCUUCUUGGGGGCAACCGCAGCGCCCUGCCUCGGUCUGAGGGGUGUUGCCGCACUGGCCUGCGGCCGGGCUCGCUAUGCCCAUCUCGGGCUCUUCAAUAUCGCCCCGCUCUAGGGCAUGCCCGCCUCGGGCUCCUCACUAUCGCCCCUCUCCAGGGCUGCUCAGUAUGGCACUCCCCCUCUUUGGGGCUCGCCGUGCCCCCAUGGGGCUUCUCAGUAAUACAGUGUGGCACUCCCCCUCUUUGGGGCUCGCCGUGCCCACCCUGGGCUUCUCAAUGAAAUCGCCCCUCGCUCUGGGGCUGGGGUCUAUGUACCCCACACGCGAUCCAGGGUCUAUGUCCCCCUGUCUGCAACCUACUGGUUGUGCUCGCGACCCACUGGCCGCGCUUCUCGCCGCCAGUUGCUCCCGCACUGGCGUGCAAGCUGCGCCUUCACUGGCGCUGUGAAAAUAAUGCGCCCUCUUGGCGCUAGACCGCGCCCUCACUGGCGCUGGGGCACCCCACACUCUCUGGGGUCCCUAUGAGGACACUGCACCCUCCUGCGCUAGGGCUCCCCACACUCUGUGGGGUCCCUAUACGAGGCCUCCUCCAACCCCUACAGCCUCACCCAAGCCUCCAGGUGUAAUACAAACAUUAACCGAACACAACACAAGCCUCCUGGCUGUAACUCAAACAUAAAGCCCCCUGGCUAAACCUUUAGUGCCCAAUCCUCUCAGGGCUAUCAUGAGCUGUACUUGCAAGUCGGGCUUUUCCCCAUAUCUCAGCUGAGGAAGCUCCUGCCUCUCCGGCUGCUGGCAGAGAACUGCCAGCCUGGCUUCAGCCCUGGGCUUUAUAAGGGCCAGGCCCUGCCCCCUUCUGGCCAGCUGAUCCUUAUCGGUUGCCCUGGCAACCUGCAGCUGUGCUCGUUACCCUGGCAACCCUCAGCUGCGGCUAUGUUCCGCCAGGGCUCUCUCUCUCCCCCUGGCAGUUUCUCCUCUCUAGGAGCAGGCACUAAGGUGCCCUGUGACACCCCCUAAUACUUCAUGGCAAUGUAGGGCCUGUGCAGAGGUGCUAAGCCAUUUCAACUAAUGACACUAAAGCAUGAACUACAGUCACCAUGUUGCAGGUUUGCACCAGUACUAUAGAUUUAAUAAAAGUACCACUUUUUUCAGUACUCCUUACAAAGACAGAUCAGCAAAACUAAAUGGUAGUAAUAUUGUACUUUUAGUAUUUGAAUGCUGUGACUUCCUUAAAAUAUUCUGUGCCUUUGACAAAUUGCUGAAAAGGAACUGCUUUUCUAACAAUGUUUUUAUAAAAUUUAGUUUUGUUUGGGGUUGGAUCUUUGAAAGCAACACUGGAAUUACAGGGAAAAUGUUUUGCUGAUGAUCCCCAUGGCCAAAAUAAUCACUGCUGAGAAUUAACAAGCUUUUUAAUCUUUGCUAUCUUUCUCUUUGAUAUUUUCUUCCCACCCACAUCUCACAUAAGCCCCUUCUUAAACUGUCAUUCUUUUCCUGUAGAGAGCCAAGGAAGUAUAGCUUCCUCCACUGCUCUAGUCAGCAUCAUCCCUUGUGUGGUUAGUGUGAUCAGUACAGAGCAGCAUAACACUCUAGCACAUUUUGGGUGCUGUAUAAUAAAUGAAUAGGAACAAAGUACUCCAUAUGCUAUACUUCCAGACCAGGAAGAGAAAAUAAAUUUCAGUCGCUUGCUGUCCUUGUCAGUUUCCACACUUCAUAAUACCAGAAUGUAGAAUGAGCAGCUGUUGUUGAAACGGAAGAUGAAGAAAGGGCAAAGCUGUGGAUAUAAGCCCUCUACUCUGCUCACCUUCCUCACCUUCAAUUUCUGGAGGCACUCUGGUAUCAGAAUUGGGGCCCUUGUUUGUUUAUUUCUGCAUCUGCAUUUUCUGCUCUCUGCUAUCUCUGAGUCUGUCUCAGAAAUCUGUACUUGUUACACUAAAUCAGGAGAUACGAACACAGUAGUUAAAUUGACUGGGCUACAGUUUCGCUGUGUGAUCCAGGUAACUUCUAGGCUUAUGUUUCUCCAUCUGUAAAAUGGAAAUAAUACUUACUUCCUGGAAGGGAAAGUUGUGAAACUUAAUUUAUUAAAGUUUUGUUAAAUACUGUAAUAUCUUCAGAUGGAAGUUAACAGAAUUAGAAAGUUAUCAUUCCAUCGGAAUAAUAAAAUAACUCUCCUUUGGGGGGGCUGGGAGCCCCCCUUUUCUACCUCUGGGGGAGGAGGAGGAUGGGGACUGCAGAUUCUCUGCCCCCUAACCCUUUGAGAUGGAUGUUAAAAUAGGAUCUUUUUCUCCUGAUAUGUUUCCUUCUUUUCUUGAUUUUGAUUUCUGAAACACACUACCCAUGGCUCUCAGCUGCAUAUGUACCCUUAGUCUACUUCUGUGCCUAAAAUCAGUAAAAGGGAGUGAAUCUAUUUCAAAAGUCUUCCCCUGAAUUAAGUUUAAACCAAGAAAUCAGACUACAAAUGCAAUACUAAUGGUAUUGUUUUUGUGGGGAGGGGCAAGAUUGCAUGCAUGCUCAUAAAUGCAAAAUUCAGCAGAUAAUUGUGCUACCCUGGAUUUGUCAAGAGACAAACUACUGGGUCAGAUCACCAGUUACUACCUUUGCUCCUCAGUUAAUGCAAGCUCAGAAAGAAGUAAGGUAUCAAACUCAUUUUAUUUUUCAUUAGUGUCUAAUAAAAACACAGAGUGAAGACCUUGCAGUGACUCAGUCAGCAGACAGCUCAAAGACAGAAACAUUCAAAUUGUCUUGGGAGUAGUUCUGCAGUAGGAUCUGAUGCAUUCGUUAAAAUAAACCAUUGCUUUAUCUUUUCCUCAGUUGUAAGCCACCCAACAGUUACAGGCUAUUCCAUGUGAAUAAAUCUGGUACUGUAACUGUCCUUAUUAUCCUUCCAAAAUCAUCUAGAACAGGGCUGUCCAACUGGCAGUCCAUGGACUGCAUCCAGCUUGCAAGAGGUUAAUAUGUGACUUGUCACCCAGCUGCCCAUCCCCCCUUCCCCCAUUGCUUCUGCUGUGGUGGCCAGGGUCUCUAGGACAGGGAAGUAUGGCAGGAGAUGACAUGGGGAGCACACUGUCCACGCAGCGGGAGGCUUCAUUGUCCAUAAAGUGGGAAGAAAGAAGGCCUGUGCGAAGCAGCAGGUAUUCGAUUCAGCUUUGGAUUUGGCUGAUUUGGAGGGACAGUGAUUCAAUUCAGUGAUUUGAAUCACUGGGCAAUUCGAUUCGGCCAAUUUGGAUUCAGAGAUUCAGCUGCCAAAUUGGGCUGAAUCUCCUCUGAAUCAAACAGGCGGCAGUGGUGGUGGCAGGGGCAUGGCAACGGCGAGCAGGGCCCCAUCCCCCACCUGGCCCCAGCGUCCUGGCACUUGUUUUUUGGUUUUAGUUUGUUUUGUUUUUUUUUUUUAAAGCCCCGCACUCACCGGCUACAGCAGCGGCAGUCGGGGCCUCUGGGGACUUGUGGUAGAGCCCCCCUUCCCCCACGGACCAGCAGGGAUCAGGCCCUUCCUGCCUGGCACCCACAUGGCAGCUGUCACGUAAGGGUGCAGCGCGGCUCGAUGGGUGCCGUGGGGCUGCACAGACUGUGUGGGAGCCGGGGCUGCUCGGGCUGAAUGCUGCCGGGUUCUGAGUGACUGCUGGAGCUGCCAUGGCUCCAGGACAGUGCGCGCCGCCCUGCCAAGCCACGCUGCACCUGUGCAAUGCAACAACUGCUGUGUGGGUGUCAGGCAGGGGGGGUGGUGAGCUCUGUUGCCCUGUGCUACGUUGGGGGGGGGGGCUCUGCCAUGAGCCCCCACAGGCCCCGAUCACCAGUGCUGUAGCUGGGGAGUGUGGGGCUUUUCUUUCUUUUUUUUCUUUUAUUUUUUUUAAGUGCUGGGAUGCUGGGGCUGGGCGGGGCAGCCAUGGGGGAGGGGCUGGGAGAGUGGAGGUGGGGGAUGGGGCCAGGUGCGGGUUCCCCCAUGGUCCCCUCCAACCCCCUGCCCCCUACUUAACAGCACAGAACUCAGGCCCGGCUUCCUGCAGUGGUGAGUGGGGACCGCCCAAAUCUCCAGAUCAAUUCGGAGGCUUCCAAUUCGAUUCAGACCUUUUAAUGGGUCUCCCAGUUCUAUUUGGAUUCAGAGAUUCGUCCCCCGAAUCAGGCCAAAUCUCCUCCAAAUCAAAUCGGCUACCAAAGCUUUGCACAGCCCUAAAGUUCAGCCCCCCCAACCACUCCUGCAGUAUGUAGCUCCCAUGUAUGUAGUCAGUGCAACAUGCAAAUGGAGAAGACUACAACAAAACAAUUCAAUUUGGCAACUGAUUGAAAAGUUUUCAUACCAUCACCUUUGCCUGCAUGUCUAGGCAUUCAUGGCUUUGCCUGACCCUGCCCAUUGCUCCCUUAGAAAAUGUGAGAGAUUUUGGCUGUAAUUUAUCUUAGUCAAAGGAGUGCUCUGGCUCCCCCAUGUGUAAGAGAGUCCUGUUCUCUCAUAAGCAGUUGAAACUGAGAUUUGUAUUUCUUCAUUUCUUAUCUAAUGAUCUUCUGAUUUCCCCUCUACAAAUGUUUAGGGUGAUAAGGAGAAAAGUGGCUUCAACUUUUCUUUUUUCCAAAACCACCAGAAGCAGCGCACCUCCUUUGUCUUGCUUUCCCAGAACUAGGUGAAUGACAUCCACAGAAACUGAAAUGUGUGCAGGGAACAUAAUUUAAAAGUAUAAAUCUGUAUGAUCGACUCUCAUGGAGUCUAUAUGCAGUAACCAUACAGUGAAUAAACUUGUAUUACUAUUCAAGAUUUGUUGUCCUUAAAUAAGAGUGUCAGGAGUGUUCCAAAAGUAAUUUUAAUCAACUACAUUUCUCGGUUUAUAUUUAGUCUUUUCAUAGAAUUAUAGAAGGGACCUCAGGAGGUCAUCUAGUCCAACCCCCUGCUCAAAACAGGACCAUCUUCAACUAGAUCAUUGCAGCCAAAGCUUUGUCUAGCUGGGUUUUGAACACCUCCAAGGAUGGAGCUUCUACCACCUCUCUGGGUAACCCAUUCCAGUUCUUUACUACCCCCCUAGUGAGAAAAUUCUUCCUAAUAUCUAACUUAAACUUCCCUUGCUGCAACUUGAGACCAUUUCUCCUUGUUCUGUCAUCUGCCACCACUGAGAAUAGUCUAGCUCCAUCCUUUUUCAACCUCCCCUUCAGGUAGCUGAAGGCUGCUAUUAAAUCCCCUCUGUCUCCUCUUCUCUAGACUAAUAAGCCCAUUUACCUCAGCCUGUCCUCAUAAGUCAUGUCCCCCAGCCCCCUCACCAUUUUUGUUGCCCUCCUCUGGACUCUCUCCAGUUUGUCCACAUCCUUUCUGUAGUAGGGGGCCCACAACUGGACACAGUACUCCAGAUGUGGCCUCACCAGUGCUGAACAGAGGGGAAGAAUCACUUCCCUUUACCUACUGGUAACAUACCUGCCAAUGUAGCCCAGUGUGCUGUUAGCCACCUUGGCAACAAGGGCACACUGCUGACUUUAUUGAAGCAGAAACAUUUUGGUUUCUAGUAUGAGGUUUUUAAAAAUGGUUAAGAAAAUGGUUUUAGUGUGAAACAGAUAUAGAAUAACUUGUAUUCCUCAACAAUAUAAUUAUUGAAAUCUUUGACAAUCAGUAAUAUGCUACUGAAGUAUCUUCCUUCCUUCCCCCCCCCCCCCCCCCCCCGGAAGAGCUUGGCCAAACCUUCAACAUGAAAAUGAUCCAAAUCAAAAAGUGUAUUCCUUUUUAUGGCCAGAAUGACAAUAUCUUGCAACUAUGUGGCCCCUUUCUAAAUGUUGCAUCAAAAUACUGUCUACCAAACAAAAUACUCAUGUUUCUUUAACUAUUUGUAUUGAAUGCUGUCCAAAUAUAAAGAGGAAUGCUAGGUAGAAUUGAUUAGCAGGAAUCUUGAAAAAAUUAGGGAUUGGGUAGAUCACUUCUUUCUUCCCUCCCCCCGCCCCCCCCCCAAAAAAAAACCACCCCAAUUUAUGGUAUAAAUACCUCUGUUCUAGAUGGCUUCCCCUGUAAAACUUUCUAUAUGUGAUUGGCUUCUGCAAAGCAGAGCAUGAUCAGGAAAUGAAGCAUUUUCCCCCUUGGCUAGUUUUGAUGAAAUCUCUCCAACUUGCACAUUGUGUCUGAGCAUUUCUUCAUUCAUAGCAUGUGCCCAUCAUAAGCUGUUUUCUGUUUGAAGCAUUUCAGCUGUACUAUUUAUAACCUAGUUGAACAAUGCCAACUAGAGGCAGUAAAAGGUGUGUAUUUCAUAUGCAAAUUGCUAGCAAUAAUUUGGUACAAUUACACUUAGUUGCUUGCAUCAUUAUGUUCAGCACCAGCAUAAAAACACUGGGUGUAGUGGGAGAACAUUAUCAAAAUUAUUUUCUGUCUGCAUCAGUGAGUUUUAUCCAACUAAUGAAACAACUUUUCUGUUGUAUGAGGUGGAGUUUUUUGAGGGGGGGAGGUUUAUAGACGAGUAGAAACUAAAUGAGUUACAUUUUCUAAAAUGAAUAAAUACAAAUACAAAUGCAUAGUCCAGCACUCUGGCACACACUAUCCUUUGUAGAAUAUGUGUGCAUGCACAUGCACUAUGAAGCUUCAGUGAACUAUACUUUUCAGGAAGUUCUGAACCAUUAAGAAGUGGGAUCUAAAGUAGAAUAUCUUAACAAAUGUGUUGCUAUUCAUGUUUAAAAUGUAGAGAGGAUUGGAAAUAUUUUUGACAAACUGUUGUUAAAAAUGUUUUUUUCUAAUCGGGCAUACAGUAGUUAUCGUAGAGAGCACUAUAUUACAGAUUGGUCAAGUUGUCAGUUUUAAGUCCUUCUCACUGUUUAUAGCUGUUAGAAGAAUAUGUGCUUGAAAUUCAAAUUUUUCCUUUACCUUUUUUAAAUAUGAGGUUAUGAACAUUAUAUUACUAUUUUGCUUAUUCUAGUACCUAGAAGUCUUACAGCAUGCAUAGACAUUUGCUGUCCCAGGAGAGACUUUCCUGGGAGUGAUUUAACCCCAGGUUGUUCCCAGGUCAUUUUUCUCCUGGAGCAGCCAUUUUUACUUUGGGAGAAAAAACUUGAACAUCUGCACACUUGGGGCACAUCCAUGCGAGUGUGCACGUGCAUCCUACUGUCGCAAAGCCCUUUGAGAUGCUACAAGAGGCACAUGCAGGAACAAAAAAUGGGGUUAAAAAAAAAAAAACACUCCACAGAACAGUGGGGCAAAGCAUGGUCCUGGAUUGUGCCUGGAGGCAACCUGGGAGUCAGUCCUCCAGGAGAGAUGCUCUGGUUUCUGUCCAGAGCAUCUCUGUGGUGCUCCUGCUGCCCCUGGUGCUGUCAAGGGUAAGUCAGGGAUGUGGGGUGGGGAGGCUUAUGGGUGUGGUUGGGUGUGAGGAGUGGCAGGGGACUGUUGGGGGGGCGGGUGUCGGGAGUGGAGGGAGUUGUUGGGGGCUAUGGGAAGUGGCGGGGCCAGGUCCAUUCAGCAUCUGAAAGAUUAUAUGAGGCAGUUGUCUUCAACAGUAGAAGGCUGCCCAUCAUUCAGUGACCCAGAACAUCCCCUCUAGCCCUGUGUUCUAGGUAAGAAAAGAUGGUUCCUAACAAAAGGAACUUGUAUUCCAAGUUUUUUUUUUCUUCUGGAAGACUUGUGUGCUUUUUGCUUCACUAUAUAUAAAGUCAACUCUUCAACUCAGUUUACCAGAAUAAAUUUCUUGAAAAAGGAAGCUGUAGUGUUAAAUGUUUAAACUUGUAAACAUAAAUGUUUGCUGAAUUAGUAUGAAACUGUAUUACAAGACUGAGAAGAUCUUGCUUCAAAAUUAUACAAAUUGCAUGUCCUAAAAGAGAAGUGUGGGUUCUGUUUCUUCCCUAUCGUUGACUUCAUCCCUCUUAUGUCAAGCUUCAUCAUGUUAUGGACCUUUCUGCAGCCUGGUAAUCAAACCCCAAAAACAGACUCUGUUUUACAUUACAACUAGUUCUUUCAUGCUAUAAAUAUUUGCAGUUGUAUAUUUUGCACUGGUCUGCCCUUAAACUUCAGCAGAACAUUGUUUCUGCCAUAACUGUGGGAAAAGUAAAAUGCUAUCAUUGUAUAUGUGUUCUCCCACAGUCUGUGUACUAUUGCCCUCACCUGGAUGAAAUUUCAGACCUGUUCAAGGGUUUACAACUGCUAAAGGAAGACAAUCAGUCUUACCACUACUGUAAUAAUUUUACAGGCUAUUAAUUAAAGUACUUCUAAAUUAUUUUAAAAAGUGACCUGGCUCUUUUCAGGAGCAUAAUUCACUAGUGUGGAAAACAUAGUUUGAGAAUGACAUUUGCUUAGACUAGAAUAUUAGUUAUAGGCAUGUCUUUGUGCUGUGUGGGUAGAAUGUGGAAUGAAAUGCUCAAGUCUAAAGAAGAAAAAAAUACGAUUUGCAAUUGCUGGAAGAUCUGAACAUUUUUUGUGGCAAAGGGCUAUAGAGGAUAUAGUUACCAGUGUUUUAUUUCUUGCAUGAUUUUAAACCACAGAACUUUUUAUGGAGCAAAUGUUCUUUUGGUCAUUCAUGAAGUUGAUUUUUCUAGAUACUAUGCUGACUAUGAUUUCAAAUGAGCAUUAUUGCAUUUUAUAACAAAGUUACAGAGUAGCAUAAGUUACAGGGCCUGUAACAGGAAUUUUUUUGGCUGAACCAACAUAUAAUAAAGAGGACUUCAAUUUUCAUUGCCAAAAAUGAAAGGAGGCCUUUAUUUCCAAACUUUAAAUUGCUUGGAUUUGCCAGUGUUAUUGGAAAUCAUGGAAGCAACUGUUGUAUGAGUUGAUGCUGAGAUUUAGAGUAACCAUGGCUCCUGAAACCUCUCGCUGAGUUUGUUGCUCUAUAACUCCAUUUCUUUCAGCCCUGACCUUCCAUUGAAAGUUUGGCAGUGAGUCAGAUUUUCUCUGCUUUUCCAUCAGAUUCUCCUUCUAGUGUUUAACUUUUAUAAAUCAAAGGUCCUGACAUUAAGUUCUAGUGCUUUUGUACCUAAAAACAUAUUUUAAUAUAUAUGUCUCUGAAUGUCCUUUCAUGUGCACUAAAGCCUAAAUGCAAGGGGCUAUGCACUUACAGGUGAAAUGCCUCUUUUUCAGAUCUUGAAGGUGUCAUUUGAUCUGUUAAUUGUGAUGCCCUUGAUACAUUAAUUCUUUUAAAAAAGACAGCUCUGGUAUCUCUCUAAGCACAAAUAAAUCUCUUGUCAACUUCAAAGAACUUGCAAGAGCAGAUAUCAUUAUACACAGAGAAUGUGACAUGCAGUGUCAUUUAAAAUAUAUAUUUAUUUCAGGUUUUCUUAGGAGUGAAAUUUUUACAUAGAGAGAAACAUGUGGUGUCUCUCUCUCUCUCUCUCUAUAUAGACAGCAUGUCUCUAUAUGUAAAAAUUUCACUCCUAAGAAAACAUGAAAUUACAUUAGCCGACAUGCUAAGCCUUACUAUGAAAACAUUUAUUUUUCUGUGGUUUUUUUAUACUAUAGUUCCAUCUCAUUCACUGUUCACAUUUUUGGUGGAUUACAGACUUUAAAAACAGAUUGCAGUUUUCACCACAGAUUGGGUGAGUGAAUUAUACACUUCCAUUACACCUGUCAGCUUCCUCACAAUUUAAGUCAUAAAAAUCACUCAGGUUUAACAUUUUACUCGAGGUUGAGAACUGCAAAACAUACUUUUUUUUUUGACAAACUAGAGUGGCUAUUUUUGAGCUGAUUGUACAUUAUCACACAAACCCUUUCCCAAUUCUCAGUUCUUUUGUAGGAAAAAGUGGUUAGCGUACUGUACGAAAGACACUGAGACAGGAACACCCUAAUUUCAGCUAUAACACUCUUACAGCAUAGUCUGACUGAAUUCUCUUAACUCACUCUGUUUCCAGUCAUAAAAUGAGGGAUCCCUGUCAAGCUGCUGUGUGGAAUAGGUAGCUUUAUCAAAUGUUUUGCAUGUGUUAGCUACAGUGUUAAUGCCAAUUUUUACUUGGGCACGAGUUCUGAAACUUUUUCAUAGUGAAGAAUACAUCCUACAUAGGAUCUCAUGGACUAUUCCUCUUCCUGUUUAUGAUCCUGCCAACCAAUUUUCCCACUAGAGCCUACACAGUAUUCCUGUAGUGACUAUUUACUUGAGUUUCUCUUGAAGGUCCCCAUCCAAUUCAGAGAUUGUAAAUCUGUUACAGCUUUUAGCUAGUGUGACUUUUAGGUCUGGAGAGCCCAAUUUUGACCGAGGGCCACCAUUCUUUAUCCUAAUAACGUGUUGGCAUAUGGAUCCCAUGGCAAAGAACCAACAUUAAUGGACCAAAACUUAGGGGAGAAUCUGGUGUUUACAGUGUUUUAGAGUAUAGGUCCCAAAUGACCUUCCUGGUGUUGUCCUAAUUCCUAACAAAUAAAUGUUUUCAGCCCUUAAGGUAUUCUGAAUGAGUGUGCAACUGCUUGCUAGAUUUCAGCUGGGUCUUUCUUUUUUCUGUCUUUACAGCUAUAACCUAGUUUCAGUUGGGUCAAGUGACAAGCACUGUAUGGUUUAUACUCAUCCUGGAUCAAGUGUUUUUCCUUAAAGUUGACUUGUGUGAAAUAUCAUAAUGAAUUCUCCCUUCCCCCUCAACCAACUAGAAUUUUCUGGAGCACCAUAGUGUCACAAAAUGGCUUUGCAUGAAACAAAAAAAAGCACAUCUGAAUAAAUGAUUUGUGUAGCACAUGCUCAAAUGGUGAAAAAAAAUGGGACUCGACUGGCUGGGAAGCUAAUCUAAACUUUGCUACCUGCACUGUCUGGAGACCAUGUGCUUUGCUCCCUUUCCAGUUAAUGUUGUUAUUGCAACAAUAUGAUCAUGCUCCUUUAUGCCUAGUUGAGGCCCUUCAGGUCUCCUUCUGGGCUUGGGUCCCCUAGUAGCAGCACUGCCUCAGGCCAGCACUGUAAAGUAGGAACGAGGUGGAGUUCAGAUUGGCAAGCAUUUUCUCAAGGGCUCUGAAAUUGAGUUUGGGAUUCCACUGGCUUACUUUUCCCUGCUGCUUUUCUUUACUAAAUUCCAUCUUGUAAAGCAUUCAAAUAAAAUGCAAAUAUGAUCCAAGACUGCUUAACAGCUGAAGCAGGUGUUAGCAACUUAGCUCUUGAAGUGCAGUUAAAUUAGCUUUCCAGUACAGAGAGAGUAAAUUACACAGAUUUCAGUCUAAGUUACAGCGAUAACAGAUCCUGAAUAAAGUUCUCUGGAACUACUCUUUAGACUUUUGCAUUUGUCUUGUUCACAAUGUCCUACAUUCUAGCAAUUUAUCAAGGGCUAUAGGUAAUCCCUGCUUUAAAUCCCUGUUAAUAAACAGUUUCGUUUCUUUGCCUUUUCCUCUUUA